AUGACUGUUCUAACUGAUGUGCCAAUUGUCAAAUGCGUCGUUAUGGGAGACAAUGAUUCUGAAAAGCUUCAGAUGAUUCAACGAUAUUCUGAUAUCAAUGGCCUCACUUUCAAUACGGAGAUGGGAGACAUGGUGACUGCUUUCAAUGGUCAAAAGUGUACAUUUUUGGAUUUCAACUCUUCCCGAGAUGAAAAUGAGAGUCCUUCAAAUGAAGUUCACGUGUAUCUUCUUUGUGUCUCCGUUGCUCGCCAAAGUCUUGUUCAAGAAUCCAUUAGAUCUUUGAUGAUGGCCAUCAAAGACCAUGUGGGAACAGUGCCGUUCGUCGUAAUUGGAACUCAGAUUGAGAAAAGAACUAAAUUUUUGAAGGAAGACUCGGAAGAAGAUGCAGAUCAGCCGAUGUCUUUGAGUCAAGCAGAAAUUUUCGCCAAGCAAAUAGGGGCAAUUCGAUAUCUUGAAUGCUCAGCAGCUACAGCCGAAGGUUUGGAUGAAGUAUUUGAAGAUUCAUUUGCUGUUGGUCAUCAAUUUGCAUUGGAACAAGUACGAUGUGAAAGACGUAAACGAUCUGUGCUCGAAGAAGCGCGUAAUAGUCGAAAGCAAAGCUGCAUCACCCAAUAA